AUGGAGAUCGACCGCAUCUCGUUUCCGCAUCACCUUUUGGGUGUUCUAACAGCCAUCUCCGAAUCUCACUUUGUAUCUAUUGACCUCGAAUUCUCUGGAAUAGGUACUCGACCGUCAAAAUCCCGGAAGCAAACGCUCGAAGAACGCUACAAAGAGACCAAGGAGGCCGCGGAGAAGUUCCAAAUACUACAAAUUGGCAUCACCUGCGUCAAACAGGACUACCAUGAUGAGCACUACGUCAUUCGACCGUACAACUUUAAUAUCAGCCCUUUACUUGACGACCCGCUUGACCAAUGGGGCCUUGAACGGAAUUUCUCUUUCCAGAGCGGCGCAUGCCAAUUUCUGCUCCGCCACGGCUUCCAAAUGGAUCUCCCGUUCACCAAAGGAGUUCCUUAUCUUUCUCGCGAUGAGGCCAAGCUUGCAAAGCAGUUGGGCUACGCUAAGCUUGACAAGGCAAACAUAGCGGACAUCGUGUUGAAAGAUCACGAAGUUCAGGCCAUUUCUUUCGUGGGCAAUGUCCGGGAGGCAAUCACGCAGUGGAGGAAGAAAGAAAUGCGGGGUCGCCUCUACAUCACGUCCAACGUAGGCCAGAAAGACACCGACUCCGAGGAGCCUCAUUCAAUCAGCAACUUCGAGAAGAGGCUGGUCCAUCAGCUCGUUCGCGCAGAAUUCCCAGAUCUGAACACGAUCAGCAAGCAUGACAGCAUUCUUGUAGUACCACUAGACAAAGAGCGAGAGGCCAAUCACAGACGGAUGCGCAAAAAGAACAUCAAGACAGAUAUUGACAAUCGAGUUGGCUUUCGUUGGGUUGUCGAGGCGUUAGUCGGGGGCGAUCUCGAGCGGCUAGACCCUAUAUACAUCGCUCAGAGUGUUGCCGGGUAUGCCGAAUUCGUCGACUUGAAGGGCAUCAAAGAUCGAUUGUAUCACGCAAAAGAUGCACUGAUACGGAAACCCCGAGUGCUGGUCGGGCACAACAUGUUCACCGACCUCGUAUAUUUCUACCAGGCUUUCAUUGGCGCACUACCAGAUACGGUGGACGAAUUCCAGAAAGCGAUACACAAACUCUUCCCGCUCAUUGUUGAUACGAAAUACUUGGCAACCCACAACUGUGGGGACAUCAGUCCUUUCUCGUCGCUGGAACAGAUCGAAGAGAAGCUUCGUCUACAGCGGAUACCAGAUAUACAGAUCCAUAAGGAUCAUACGAAAUAUGUACAGGGCACAAACUCUUUCCACGAAGCCGGCUACGACAGCUUGCUCACGGCAAAUAUUAUGAUUCGUCUUUCGGCAAAACUGGAAUCGGACGGCACAUAUAUUGAGGAAGUAGUCCUCUCUGACGAGGACGAAUGGUUCGAAGCGUCUGAAUACAUUACUGGAGGGGUUGCUCCGGCUAUCGACGAUGCCCCUAGUCCGGAAGAGAUUUCGCUACAUGGCUUCCGAUCCGUUUUGAAACCAGCCAAUAGCACAUUCAGCGCAUCGAAUUCGCCCGUCCCCUCGCCAGUCAGACCUCAGAAUCCAUCUGGCAGCAAUAAGAAGGGCAAGAAAGGUAAAACCGGGAAGUUGACAGGAAAGGCUGUAAGCCGUUUUGGUAUGGCGACCAGAUUUGAUCAGCUGAGGAUCGAAGAGGAGGAAGAAUUGUCGUCCAGUUCCUCUCCGACCCAGGCGCAGAAGACGCCCCCGGUGGAUGAAUGGGGAAACCAGCCCGACGACGGCUCUUCCUCGCGGGCAUGGGACGUCGACGAGCCCGCACAUGACCACGAAGGCCCGUAUGCACUGCCAAAGGCCGAGGAGAAGGCGCCUAUGGUGGUGAUGCCGCAGUUUGGAUCAGCCUUCUGGAAAGUAUACGGAAAUAAACUGCGAGUGUUUGGAACGGAGGAGGGAGUUUUGGAGUUGACCGGUUGAGAAGGUCGGUAAGGUGGCAGGGAUUAUAGCGCGCCAUCAAGCUUGAUACAGCUGUAGUGCGAUCAUGGAUGCGAUUCCCUCGUGAAAGCGGGUGCUCCCAAGGAAUGAAUUUUUUCCUCGAAGCAUCCAUCUACAGUGAC